AUGGAUAAUUAUAAACUCCAAAUUCCAGCAACACCAUCUACACCUACAUUGCCAAAAUAUGGCAACAAGAGGUUAGCCACAGCAGCCAACCUUACAAACCUUCUGCCGACCGGCACGGUCCUCGCAUUCCAAACCCUAAUUCCUUCAUUCUCCAACAAUGGAAAAUGUGAAGUUGCCAACAAGUGUCUAACUUUAGGGAUCAUUGUAUGUUGUUCUGUGGCUUGUUUUCUCUCCUCCUUCACCGAUAGCUUCUCGACUAGCGAAGGGAAGCUCUUCUAUGGGAUCGCCACUUUCAAGGGCAUGUACGUGUUCAACAACGAUGAAGAAAUCGGAGAGGAAGAUAAUCCACAGUUCUUGGACAAGUUCAGAAUUUGUUUGAUAGAUUUUGUGCAUGCCUUUGCGUCGUUGAUUGUGUUUUUGGUGUUUGCUUUUAGUGGCUCUGAAGUGCAAACAUGUUUGUUUCCUAAACAAGGACCUAAUAGGCAUGCAUUGAUGGUGAAUUUGCCUUUAGGAGCUGGGCUCUUGGCAAGCUUUUUGUUCAUGAUUUUCCCUACCAGACGUAGAGGAAUUGGGUACGCCGACUUGACUCCUUCCAGGAAAUAA